AUGGCUUUGGAACUGGGUUCUGACGUGUGGGAUACGCCGGCCCUGAAACCUCCUCUCAACGCCACUCCGGACUUUGCGCACCCCGGCGGCGAUGGAGGACUGGCGGUUGCUGUGAUUAUCGUGUGUGGAGUGGCCGCGGGGAUCGCGUUUUGCGUGCGACUGGCAUCGACGUUUAUUGCUCGAAGAGUCUAUGUUGAAGAUGGGUUGUUUUUUGCGACAUCGGGCCUUUAUGCUGGCUUUUUGUACGAAACAUACAUGAUGGAUAGUAAAUACUACCAUGUCCACGUGUGGAAUCUCCCGCUACAGACACUGUCCAGUAUAGUAUACUCGACGCACAUCAUGACGAUUCUGUACGGCCUCUGCGUUAUGCUCCUCAAAGUCGCCAUUCUGCUGAGCUGGCUCCGGCUCUUCGUCCCGAUGAAACAACGUAAUGCAAAGUUCUGGACACUGCAAGCCCUGAUCUGGGCGAAUGUUAUUUUUUAUAUUGUCUGCACCUUUUGUGAGAUUUUUCGGUGUACACCGCGCGAAAAGAUCUGGAAUCCGGUAUUCGAGGGCGGGUAUUGCUCUGUCAAUAUGCAGGAUCAUGCAAAGGCGUCUGGGUUUAUUAACCUGGUGUCUGAUGUGAUUAUUUUGCUGUUUCCGCAAAAGAUCAUUUGGGACUUGCAUGUGACGCGUAAGCAGAAAGUCGGCAUGUCGUUGCUGUUUGUUGUUGGGUUUUUCGCCAUGGCUGCUGCUACCGUGCGCCUCUAUUACCUGUUCAAAGAAUUCGACGGAGCUGACUUUAUCUACAUCCGUUCCGAUCUGGUACUCUGGAUGGCGGCCGAAAUCGCCGCAGGGUUCCUCGUCAUGGGCCUCCCGUCGCUGCCCAAGGUGUUUCGAGCACUGCCAGGCUCUGGGUCUAUGAUGUCCUUUUUCAAAUCGAUAUGGCGUGGGUUGAGCGGUGAACAGGAAAACUCACGGCGCGGUCUGCCGUCGUGGUUUAAGCCGUCGCCAAAGAGAGCGCUGGAUUCUUCUAUAGUGGGCACGACGAAAGGCGGUUCGCCGGCCAAUAUGGUGUUUGUAACCUCGUGGGAUCCCUGCACGCAAAAGACAACAACAACAACAACAACAACAACAACGUCGGGGGCUGGGUCUAGUGAGUCGAGCUUGAAAGCUCCUGGCGAAUACGGUCAUUGA